CUCUUUCUACAGUGGACUACGUUGAUUCCGUGUCGCGACCUCUUGCGCUCAUGUACUGCAUGGACAAUUGGUCAAAAGCAUUGUCUUGGUCUUACUGCUAAUACUGCGUCACUAACAAAUAGCUCUUUGACAACGACGAAGCAUGGCGUCGCCGACUUUGCUUGAACAGCAAGGGCUGCGCAUAGCAGUCGAAGGCUGUGGCCACGGAGUACUUCACGAGAUCUACGCCUCAGUUGCAAAGGCUUGUGAGCUCAAGGGAUGGCCGGAUGUGGAUCUUUUGAUAAUUGGAGGUGACUUUCAGGCCGUUCGCAAUGCAGCCGACCUCAAGGCCGUUUCUAUGCCCAGCAAAUACUACGCCAUGCACGACUUCCACGAGUACUACGCGGGCGCUCGAGUCGCCCCAUACUUGACCGUCUUCAUUGGAGGCAACCACGAAGCGAGCAGUUACAUGUGGGAGCUGUAUUACGGAGGCUGGGCUGCACCGAGGAUCUACUAUAUGGGCGCUGCAAAUGUAAUUCGAUUAGGUCCUCUCCGAAUUUCCGGUCUAUCCGGCAUCUGGAAAGGCUACAACUACAAGAAACCCCAUUUCGAACGACUGCCAUACAACAGCGAUGAUGUGAGGAGCAUAUACCACGUCCGAGAGCUCGACGUGCGCAAGCUGCUACAGAUUCGAACACAAGUUGACAUUGGAUUGAGCCAUGACUGGCCGCGCAGCAUGGAAUGGAAGGGCAACCACCGGCAGCUCUUCAGGUUCAAGCCUGACUUCGAACAGGAAGCAAAGGAUGGCACAUUGGGAAGCACAGCCGCAACAACUGUUCUAGAGCGGCUGCGGCCUCCACAUUGGUUCAGUGCUCAUAUGCAUACCAAGUUCUCAGCUGUAUGGGAACAUACGGAUGCACAGACCGAUACCAGGACAGAGACCAGCCAAAAUGCCCCUCCCCUAGCUGUCGUAAAUGAUAGUGAGAUCGAUUUGGAGGCUGUGGAUGAGGCACCCGUGUCAGCACCCAAGAAUGACGCCGAGAUCGAUCUUGAUAUGGACGAUGAGGAAAUAGCGCAGGUCACUGCUCCCGCCCCCAAGUCUAGUGAAGCUGCCCAACCCAAAAAUAGUCCGAAUGGCAGCUCAGAGGUUCCUCAAGAUAUCCGAGAGUUGUUGCCGGAAUCCUUUGCCCGUCCGAGAACCGAAAGGGUACCCACUCUGCCCUUCCCUACAGACAUUACGAAUAAAACGACCAAUUUUCUCGCACUCGAUAAAUGCUUGCCAAAACGGCACUUCCUCCAGCUGCUAGAGAUUACUCCGCAUACACCAGCUGAGAUUCAGCGACCUUUGCAGUUGCAGUACGACAAGGAAUGGCUCGCCAUAACUCGUGUCUUUGCUAGGGACCUGGAAGUCGGUAACCCUCAUGCGCAAGUGCCUGCCGACGAAGGCGACGCGUUCUAUAGGCCCCUCGUAGAGAAAGAGAUGGAGUGGGUGGAAGAAAACAUUGUCAAAGGUGGAAAUAUGACAAUACCAGAGGACUUUGCGAUUACUGCGCCAGUCUAUGACCCUGGCGUGAGCAUCCAUAGCGAUGAGCAACCGCAAGAGUACAGCAAUGUGCACACGCAAACCUUCUGCGACUUGUUACAAAUCCCGAAUGUGUUUCACGCGUCGGACAACGAGCGCGCACAGCUAAUGCAAAACGGGCCCAGAGCAGUACAGCAACGCCAUGAUCGAGGCGGGGGCAGAGGCGGCUAUAGAGGUCGCGGAGGUGGUCACGGCCGAGGUGGUGGUGGUAGAGGACGGGGGCGAGGGCGCGGUCGCGGACGCUAGUGACGAGUUCAGUCACACGAACAACGUUGACAACGACGCAAUUACAUGCACCACCACGACGGUUCCAUUCAUUUCACGACAAGACUCAACCCAGACGCUCUGUAACGUGCUCGGCUAGCUUCCGAUACUCCCACAAAAGAGACCCAUUAUUCGGCCCGUCUACACAUUGGCAUGACGGUAUGCCCAAGUUGAAGUUGAA